AUGGAGGACCGAAGCGGGCAGGUCCUGGCCGUCAACGUCGCCUUCUUCUCGCUAACAUGGAUCUUCAUGAUGCUGCGCGUCUAUACGCGAGCAUACCUGAUCAAAUCCUUUGGUACCGAUGACUGGUCCAUGGUUGCUGCCCUACUGCUCUUCACCGGCUACCUGAUCUGCCAGCUGGGAGGCGUCGCCUAUGGCACUGGUCGCUACGACAAGGACCUUACUGCAGAGAACAGGAUGCGGGCUUUGAGGUACUGGUGGUUCUGUGAACUGUUCUAUACCUCUGCGACGUGCACGUUGAAGUGUUCAGUUGGUCUGUUCCUUCUCCGCAUCGCCGUCAAAAGGGCCCACAUCCUCACCAUCUAUGUCAUGAACGUCUCCAACAUCCUUCUGAGUGUUGCCUACUUCUUCGUCUUCAUCUUUCAGUGCAAUCCCGUCUCCUCGUUUUGGACCAUCAAGCCGAACAAUGAGCACUGUCUCCCCAUCCAUGCAAUUGAGGGCAUCUCCUACGGCGCUGCAGCCCUCGGAUCGCUGUCCGACUGGGUCUUCGGCAUUCUUCCUGGCUUCAUCGUCUACGACCUCCAGAUGAACAAGAGAACCAAACUAGUCGUCGUUGGCAUUCUCGCCUUCGCAGCCGUCGGCAGCACGGCCACGCUCAUUCGCAUGCCAUACAUCAAGGGCUUCAAGGCCACUCACGACUUCCUCUACGAAUCUACCGACAUUGCCAUCUGGUCUACCAUCGAACCGGGCAUCGGCAUGAUAGCCGCAUGCAUCGCCACGUUGCGGCCGCUGCUGCAACAGGUACUUCACCGCACCGGUCUGUCGACGCCCCACAAGACUAGCAACUACGGCAGCUACGGCAACAACCUCGGAGGCCCCAGCUCGCACCGAUCGGGAGCAGGCUACUUGCGCUCCGACUCGUACUCGCACCACAUGGACACGCUCCGGCCGGACACGCUCGCAGGCGGCACCGCCACGGUCAUCGUGACGGGCGGCGAUGCGACGAACAAGACGUGGCGUGACGACAGCGACAAGGGCAGCGACGAGCACAUCAUCACCCACUCGGCCAGCGACAUCCACAUCAGCAAGAGCGUCCAGGUGACGCAUGUCAGCGAGCCCGCCGAGCCGAGCCCGAACGCCUACGCCAACUACCCCCACACGAGCUGGCAUCAGCACGCAGGCUCGAAAUCGCACGGGCGGAAGCCGUCGAAGAUAGAUGAGAGGAGCACAGGGGGCAGAAAUUCGGAUGAUAGCCUGGUUUGA